UUUCUUACUUUGUCUUGGCUUUAAAGACUGUUAUAGAAGCAGAUUAAUAGAUGCAUGUUCACUUUUUUAAUAUAAAGUAAGUUUACUACUGCAGAAAGGUUAAAUAGUUGACAUCAAGCCUAUAAGUGAGGGUUAUUGGUAUGGUUUUGUAUUUUCUUUCUUCAUAUAUUGAAUGCAUACUGUACCUUCUCUGGUUGGUUGUGCUGUGCUGUGACGUCAUCCUUAUCCUGGCCAAUAAGCUUAUAUUCUGCCUCUGCUGAUCCUCUUCCUGACCACCUGUUGCAUCUUAAGGGGAAAAUGUUAUCGGCAGAAUCAUGAUCAGAUAAGACUUUAACAUGUGCAACUCAGUUAUUCACAACAGGAACUAUCAGAUAAUGCUAAAUAUCAAGAGUAUCUUUGAUCAGCAAGAGGCUCAACUGCUCCAAACACCUACCCUGCACCAGCUUUUGCCUUGGAGCUAAUCCCUCCUUUGAUUUUGCAAGAUGUCCCUGAAAACUCUCCCCCUGGUGUUCAUUAACCUUGGUGGAGAGAUGCUUUACAUACUGGACCAACGCCUACAAGCUCACAACACGUCUGAUGACAACUCAGAGAAAGGAGUGUGGUCAGAUAAAGACAGAAAAAGAGUAAUGAAUGACAUCACUGCGACCAUGUUCAGUAAAGCCUUUGUUGAUGAACUUCUCAAACCUCAGCAGCUGUAUUCUCACAGGACUCUAAAAACAGUGCUGACUCGCUUAGCACAUGCCUCCAUCAUGAGGUUGAACCCGGCCAGCAUGGACAAGCUUUAUGAGCUGAUGCUUAUGGCAUUCAAAUAUCAAGUCUUCCUUUGUCCACGGCCAAAAGACUUGCUGCUCAUCACAUACAAUCACAUCGACACCAUCAGGGAACUUGUGAAAGACACUCCUGUGGUUGUGAACCAAGUGGAUGAGAUGCAUCGGAAAAUGAUAGAGGUGUACUCAUCAUUAUCAGAGGGUGAAUUCCAGCUGCUCAGACAAACACUGCUCAUUUUCUUUCAAGACAUGCAUGUCCGCUUGUCGCUUUUUCUGAAGAAUAAAGUCCAGAAUCCUAAUGGACGCUUUGCCCUGUCAACGUCAGGUCCAGUGCCUCAUGGGAUAUAUGUUCCUGGGUUAAUUAGGGCCUUUGACAGCAAGGGCAGAGAAGUGAGACGAAGCCAGUUCCCCACUGGAGGAACUUACAGCAGCUCCGUCAAAGAGGGAUGCUUUGAGCUGCGUGGAGACAGAGUCAUCACCCUGGGCGUGAACAUGUAUACUGUGCACCACCCAGAGGAGACACAGACAUGCAAGGCUCCGCCUGUCAAGACUAAUGACACUCCCAAUCCUCUGGCCAAGGAGGAACUGAACCUGCUGGCACGUCUGAUGGGAAGCAUGAAGGACGAAACUGAAACUGGAUUUUGGAUCAACCUGUUUACCACAGAUGAAGAGGACGAUCAGGCGAGUGACUCAAGAGGAGCUGACGACUCUAUGUUUGGAUUGAUAAGUAUUCAGGCCAUGCAGGAUGAACCGGCUUCGACUGAGCUCGCUCAAAUCGCUGGCCAGUUUGCAGAACAAGAACAGCCUGAAUUUACCAGCUGCACCAAAGGAGAUGAUUUGCUGGCCAUGAUGGAUGACCUUUGACCCUCAUCAGUGUCAUUAUUCCCUCUUCUUUAUCACAGGCACUGGUGCUGGUGAUAAAGUUAAAGAUGUUUGAGUGAGACUUAUUUUGAAACUUAAUAGACUAAAAUUUAGCCUAAAAAUUACUGACAUCAGAGGUUCAAUGUAUAAUGUACAGGUAGAAUGUAUAUUGAUUUUCAUAUCAGUGCAUCAUCAUGUCUCACCUACAAUUAUUAGUGUAUUCUACAUGUGGUGUUUUAACACUGAUGCACA